UAGACACAUCAGGGCGGAGGAGAAUCUGCUCUGGGAGUCACAGCGAAAUCAGCGACGCAGACUUUUAUACUGAGGGGAAUUAUAAGAUCGCUUUUGAAUUAUUCUGUGUCCUGGAUUUACUGGGAAGCUUUCAGCAGAAACAGAAACUCUCUGCAGCGUCUCCUGAGGGCUGUUGGAUCCCACUUUCUUUCCGUCAUCUCGUUUGUUUGUUUGUUUGUUUGUUUGUGAAGGAAUAAAGCUGACAAAAAAUGUCAGUGAAUCUGAGCAAGAAUGGUUCUUCACUCAUGGACGCUUAUAAGGAAGUGGUGGACGCAAAGUCGGACACAAACUGGGCGCUGUUCACUUAUGAAGGGAACAGUAAUGACAUCCGUCUGGCAGAAAAAGGAAAUGGUGGAUUAGAGGAGAUGGUGGAGGAGCUGAACAGCGGGAAGGUGAUGUACGCUUUCUGUCGUGUCCAGGACCCAAACUCUGGUCUGCCCAAAUAUGUCCUCAUAAACUGGACAGGUGAAGGUGUGAAGGACUCUCGGAAAGGAGUAUGUGCCAACCAUGUGAGCUCCAUGGCCAACUUCCUGAAGGGAGCCCAUGUCACUAUAAACGCCCGCGGAGAUGAAGACGCAGAACCGGAGGUCAUCCUGGAGAAAGUGGCCAAAGCGUCCGGAGCCAGCUUUAACUUCCACAAACAGACAGAAACACAAUACAGAGACGCUCCCAGAGGACCUGUGGGAUCUGUGUAUCGGAAAACCAACGCCGUGGAGGAAAUUCAACAAACCAAAAAAGACGACUUUUGGGUCCAAACUCAGAGGGAUGAAGAAGUGCGUCUACGGGAGGAGAACAAGCGAGCGGAGCUGGAGAGAGAGAUGUUGGAGAAGGAGAGGAGGGAGAUGGACAAGAAGCAGGCGGCGGAGCGGGACAGGAAAACAAAAGAGAGAGCUCAGCAGAUCGAGAAGGAGAAGAUUCUUCAGAAGCAGAAAGAAGAAGAGGAACGAGAGAGAGAGCAGCAGCGACAGAAUCAGCAGGAAAAUGGAAACAGGAAGUUGGGCAUCAACUCUGCUGCGUCUGUGCAGAAAGCUAAUGAGGCCAGAUCGCUGAUUUCCCAGAGGUCCUUUAAUCCCAGAGACGUAUUCAAGCAGAGGGAGCAGAGCUUUGAGUCCAACGACAGGCCGUCUCCCACACCUGGGAAGCUGCAGAGUCCGUUUAUUUCUCAGAAAUCCUUUGAGAGAGAAACUCCGCUGCAGCCUCAGCUUCCAGCGGCUCCGGCUGUGGCCUCGGCCUACUCCGUGCACCGCCUGUCUCCUGUCUCACCUGUCUCACCUGUCUCACCUGUCUCACCUGUCUCUCCUGUCUCACCUGUGCUGUCUCACUCACCGGCUCCGGCUGUGGUCCCGGCCUACUCCGUGCACCGCCUGUCUUCUGUCCUCCCAAAACCCCUGGAGACAACAGGCUCGCCGUUUCAAACUGCAGUGGAUGAAGAUGAGGAUGAGUCAGAUGAGUUUGAGGAUGCAGAUCAACCGACUCCAGAGGAACCUGCAGCUGAAGAGUACCUGUACGACGUACCCCCCUCAUUCCAGACAGAGGAAGACCUGUACGACGUACCCCCCUCAGAGGAGGACCUCUAUGAAGACGUUUACAACCCGCACAACUCCACAGCUGGAGACCAUAAUGUGGAGACCAGCGGACAGGGCGUCUGUGCCAGAGCUCUGUAUGACUACCAGGCUGUGGAUGACACCGAGAUCACCUUUGACCCCGAUGACAUCAUAACGGACAUCGACAUGGUGGACGAGGGCUGGUGGCGUGGACACGGUCCCCACGGACACUACGGCAUGUUCCCCGCCAACUACGUGGAGCUUCUCUAGCUUUCAUCGCUCUUUGCAUGUUGCAGUAACUCUCACCCAACGGA